AUGUGGUUUCAAAUGUUUUUAUGUCGCGAUCGUAAUAUGACUAUUGAUUUGGCUUUGAGAGCUAAACGAUCGGGUUUUCGGGCACUGGUACUAACUGUAGACUAUCCCACAGCAUCACUUAAAUAUCAUGAUAUCAAAAGUCAAUAUAAUUAUGUAUAUCCUAUAGUCAACUAUAAUCCUUAUAAUGUUAGCGAACUCAACAAUUUUGUUGCAAAAGACUGUAUUUGGAAAGAUAUCCAGUGGUUAAAGGAGACAACAGGCCUACCGAUUGUCAUCAAAGGCAUACUGACCGCUGAGGAUGCAAGACUGGCUGUAGAUAACGGUGCCGAUGCUAUACUGGUGUCUAAUCACGGCGGACGACAAUUGGACGGAUCGCCGGCUACUUUAGAGGCUCUUCCGGAGAUAGUGAAAGAGGUUGGCCGUGAAAUUGAUGUCUAUAUGGACGGCGGUGUCCGUACCGGUGCCGAUGUGUUCAAAGCGUUAGCCAUUGGAGCUAAAGUUGUAUUUGUUGGCCGACCCGUGUGUUGGGGACUCGUAUGCAAUGGUUCCGAUGGUGUCAAACAAGUGUUGGACAUUUUGCACAAUGAAUUAGACAAUUAUAUGACAAUUGCCGGCACACCUACUGUCGGGGAUAUUACUAGAAAUCAUGUCCGAUAUGUUAAUGAUUAUCGAAAUCAUUUAAAAUCAAUUUUAUAA